AUGUGGAAAAGCGGGUUAAGAAAGUAUUCGGCAGCAGCGUCAUCUACUGCUAGUGCUGGUAAUUCGACCUCCAUCUCAUCAACUUUACUUCUUACUAGGAACCCAGUCAUAACUGCGGACGUAAGUAAAUUCGAAGCACAAUACUAUAAGUACCAGAAUGAAUUAUGGAAGCGUUUGAUGUGGACGUUUCCUAGUUGGUUUUACUACAGAAAGGGAACGAUUUCCGAACAAGCAUUUAGAGAAUUGAAUCCUGGUCCUGUUUUCAAUAACCCUAACAUUGAGUUCCCCAGAGGAAGACCGGUCGUUGUCCAUCAAAGAGAUAGAAGGUUCAAGCAGGAACUCAAGUUACCAAAGACAUAUAAGGAGGUCUCUCAGGAAAAGAAAGAAGGAGGCGAAACGGCUGCAGAAGAAGAGGGCGCCAAGGAGGAUAAUUUGUCCCGUCAAAUUGUUCCAAACUCGAGAAUCACAAAGGCUGACGAGUCCAAAGACUUGGCCAGCUUGGAAAGACAAUUGUCCCGUACGUUGUACUUGAUCAUACAGGAAAACUCCAAGUGGACUUUACCAACAUUUAAGGAAGAACAAGUGGCCCAAGGUGAUGAUACCAAAGACUCAUCGGUCACUCCAUUGCACACAUUAGCCGAACAGGGCUUGUAUAAAAUUGGUGGGAACUCUAUAAACUAUUUCAACGUUUCCAAUACUCCAUGUCAUGUUCAUAAAUCUGAAUCUACUAGAGAGUAUUUCAUAAAAUCUCACAUUCUCUCUGGUAGAUUCGUACCACAGUCUGAGAGUAUCAAGUUCUUGUGGUUGACCAAGGAAGAACUCGGAGAGUACUUAGAAAAGGAUUAUUAUAAGGAAAUAGAACAUCUACUUAGUGACAUCUAA